AUGGAUUGUGGAGUGAGCCUAAUUCUCCUUCUCUCCAAUAUAUUUUUCGACCGCCCAUUCAUCUACAUCACUCCGAUAUGUCCAUUACUCAAUGAAUAUUUCUCAACUCCUCUCGUAUUUUUCAAAUUCAUAAUGGUCCUGAGUCAUCACUGCAAGAUCUGUAAAUCUGUGAUUCAAUCACUUCUCGUUCUGAAUCGAAUGACUUCUGUCCUUUUUCCAAUUAAUCAUAAUCGAAUGUGGAUGAAAAAUGUUCAAUGGAUUGUCCCGUUGGUCCUUCUGAUUCCACUAAGUGUCGACUGGAAUCUGGUGAUUUCGAGGGCUUAUAUGAUGCCGACUUAUGGAGGCUUUUGGGUUAAUUAUAUCAAAAAAGUGUCAUGGAUUCUAUUCAAUUUCUUCUCCUUUAACACAAUGGUCACUUCAGUGUUCGCUCUUACUCUAUUUGCGUAUGACUUUUUGAAUGUUGGUUCCCCUAUCGUCAUGUUAUGUAUCUCAAGAACUGUCCGAGACAACGUCUUCUCAUGGAUCAACCCAAUAAAAAUAAGUGAUUCUCAGAACUUUCCUGUUUCCAUUACCACUUAG